UGUUCAUCCUUUUGUUGGUCUCUCUGUGUUUCAUAUCAGAUGAGGCCUGCCUUCUACCCAGAACGCACUGCGAACAAGGUGGAAUCACUCAAGAACAGCCCCUCCAUAGCUCAGCUGUGGCAUCGUAACGGGAGGUGCCCCGAGAACACCGUCCCCGUUAGGAGGACGAAGAGGGACGAUCUGCUGAGAGCAAGCUCCGUGAAAAGGUACGGGAGGAAGAAGCAUAAGAGCAUCCCGAUGCCAUUGACUGUUGACUCUGACCUUCCGAACGAGAGUGGCCAUCAGCACGCAAUCGCUUAUGUAGAGGGGGACAGGUAUUAUGGAGCUAAAGCCACCAUAAAUGUGUGGAAGCCAAAGAUCCAGCAGACCAACGAGUUCAGUCUGUCCCAGCUGUGGAUUCUAGGCGGCUCUUUUGGCGAAGAUCUCAACAGCAUUGAAGCUGGUUGGCAGGUCAGUCCCGAUCUCUAUGGAGACAACAACACAAGGCUGUUUACUUAUUGGACUAGCGAUGCUUAUCAAGCAACAGGGUGCUACAACCUGCUCUGCGCAGGAUUCAUUCAGAUCAGCAACGAAAUCGCAAUGGGCGCCAGCAUCUUCCCCCUCUCCGACUACGGCGGUUCGCAGUACGAUAUCAGUAUACUUGUUUGGAAGGAUCCACAGGAGGGACACUGGUGGAUUCAGUUUGGCAACGACUACGUCUUGGGCUACUGGCCUUCGUUUCUGUUCUCCUACCUGACAGAGAGUGCGUCGAUGAUACAGUGGGGAGGUGAGGUGGUGAACUCAGAGCUAGAGGGAGAGCACACCUCGACUGGGAUGGGCAGUGGCCAUUUCCCAGAGGAAGGCUUUGGCAAGGCAAGCUACUUCAGGAACAUUCAGAUAGUGGAUGGAUCCAACAAUCUGAGGGCACCCAAGGAGGUGGGCACGUUCACUGAGCAAUCCAGCUGCUAUGAUGUGCAGAAUGGCAAUAAUGAUGACUGGGGACAUUACAUUUAUUAUGGGGGUCCAGGUAGAAACACUGGUUGUCCAUAGAACUCUUUCUACCUCUUCUGCUAGGCGAGUGUGAAGUUACUUCCACCUGUAGAAGUGAGAGCAGAGGUGCUCGAGUUUCCUUGAAGAAUUCAUGUACCUAUUUGCUGGUCUGUAGUUUUGCUGCUCCUCGAAGACGCUUCUUCUGUUGAUCUUAAUGGAUGCAAGAUAUAGUGGUGGCUGUGAGCAUGAUUUGAAAUAAAGAUCUUGGAGUAUUGCUAAUCA